UCAGAUUUCAAGAUAUUAUUCUGACUUUUGCUCGGCUGCCUUCAAGUUCAGCAGAAAACCCUCCUUCAAGUCCCGUUUCACUUUGUACUAAACACUUAAUGACACAAAACUACAGUCACACAUAUAAAUAAAAUGUAUGUUACGCUUAUAUUGGUAUUACAUUAAAGCAUUAUCCUGCUCAAGUAUUGUUGCGAUGAGAGUGGCAUCACAGAAUUUUCUCUUCCAUCAUCUCUUCCAUUCUUCAGGUACUGACCACUGCGAAAGUGAAUGGCUGACAGUCUCAAAUGUGGGCAUGUUGUCGUGUGUGUACAUACCUACACGUGAUUUACUCUGCAACCUGUGAGGAUGCCAGUUUGUAUUCAGCUGGAGGCAACUCAGUUUGUAGCAAAGUUGAGUUGGUAUAUUUGUCGGUCAGUAGAUGACUCUAAAUGUAACCCUUCCAGGGUGUCCCCAACCUCAAGCCACCCCAUUAAGAGAAGAGGACCAACAAAAUAAUAAUGAUAAAAACCUACAUAAACAUCAUAGUCCACACAUUUCAAUGUUUAUUUUUUUCUGGUGGUAAAGUGUAGAGUUACUUCCAGUGCGCAGAGUGAAGCUGUGAGAGGACGCCGUAUCUAGGUCAAGAGACACGCAAGGGAGAAACUAUUUGGUUGAGGGUCUUUUAACCAGAGCAGGAUGUUCCGAGGUGUCCGUGAAGGCAGCAGAUGAAUGACAGCCGCGCAGUCUAAUCCAGACUGGAGUGGAUGCUAGCAGAACCAAGUCGAACGCACCAGCGUGGAGCGACCCUCGGUUCUUCCUUAAGGUUAUCAUUCUGGACACUUCUUUGUUAAUCUCUGCUUUAGGGAGUGCAGGUUCUGGUCGCAGCCGGACCUCGCAGACGUUACGUCGGGACAAUGGAAUCUAACCUUCUCCCGGACAGUAUCCGCCCUCCGCGGCUGCAGCCUGGCAUCGGCUUCGGCUCCGGACCGACGGGGACCCUUCGCUCUUCGUCGUUGCGGCCCGGAGUGACGGUUCCCAUCGCCCCGCUGCUGCCGUCCCCGGCCUCUCUCGCCGCUUCCUGUGGGCCUCCCCCUCCACCGCCGCCGCUGCAGCUCCACAGCCUGUACGGCGGUCUGGGCGCCGGGCUGGGGCCCGGGGCUGCCGGCCACUGCAACCCCGGCAACCCGGCGGUGCUGAAGGAGGCGGUGGAGGCUGUGGUUCGGAGCUUCGCCAAACACACUCAAGGUUAUGGAAGAGUCAAUGUGGUGGAAGCUCUGCAGGAGUUUUGGCAGAUGAAGUUGACCAGAGGAGCCGACCUGCGCAACGGAGCCCUGGUUGUUUACGAGAUGGUCCCAUCCAACAGUCCACCAUAUGUCUGCUAUGUCAGCCUCCCAGGAGGAAGCUGCUUUGGGAGCUUCCAGUUCUGCCCCACCAAGGCCGAGGCCAGACGCAGUGCAGCCAAGAUUGCUCUGAUGAACUCGGUUUUUAAUGAACAUCCCUCUCGGCGGAUCACAGACGCCUUCAUUGAGAAGAGUGUCAGCGAAGCGCUGGCCUCCUUUAAUGGCAACAGAGAAGAGGCCGACAAUCCCAACACAGGAAUUGGAGCGUUCCGCUUCAUGCUGGAGUCCAACAAAGGAAAAUCCAUGUUGGAGUUUCAGGAGCUGAUGACAGUUUUCCAGCUGCUCCACUGGAACGGAAGCCUCAAAGCCAUGAGAGAAAGACAAUGCUCCCGCCAGGAGGUGCUGGCUCACUACUCCCACCGGGCUCUGGAUGAUGACAUGCGCACUCAGAUGGCGGCGGACUGGGUGAACCGUGAGCAGAGCGUAGCUGGCACGAUUGGCCAGGAGUUGGCCUCGACAGAACGAGAACUAGAGGAUGCCAGGCUGGCGGGAAGAGAACUGAGAUUUUACAAGGAGAAGAAAGACAUCCUGAUGCUAGCUGUGGGCCAGUUGAAUUCAGCCAACACCUGCAGUACUCUGCCCUCACACUAAAGCUGACAGCGACCAUGGAAUCUUGCCUUUUUAUGCUCCUGGUAACUACAUUAACCAGCUCCAAUAUCACAUCCCUUAUACAGUCUUAUAGAAAAGAGACCUGUAUUUACAGGCCCUGACCAAAACUGGGCAUCCACCGCACGACGCUAAACCAUCUUCUGACAGCUUGACCUCGCACAUUUAGACUGCAAAUCCAGCUCCACAUAGUCUCGAUUGGCAUCUGAUGAAAAACUGAAGGCUACCUUGAAACUGAAAAAAGGAUUGUUUCAACAUUCAUAGGCUGCUGGUCCUAUGGUGACAACUCAAUAUUUUGGUGCUACUUGAAGUGGGCAUGUCAAAGUCGCUCAUUCUACAAAUCUCAUAAUGCACUGCAACUGUUGACACUCUCAAACAUCCAAAAAAUAUUGGCAUGCUCUGUUUGACAUCCCUAACUUUGUGAAUCCUUUAAUGAGUGAGUAUUUAAAAAUGAAGAAGAGGUCUGGGUCAACUUUAUUUAAACAAAGUCAGUCGACAACACUUACCCAACGUGUUGACUGAGCAAUAUAAAACACUUGCAUAUAAGCAGUGCAGUCGUGCGUGUCUGCCUUAACUCCACAGUCUGCCGAUUUGACGUCACCACUUUGUGCCUAAAAUGUGUGUAAACAUGUAGCACCUGCUCGUUAAUGUUUACAAAAUCUACCAGGUGAAUGUAUUUGACUGAUGUAAAUGUGAACCAUCUGAGCGUUCUGAAUGUGCGCUUUUUCUAUUUACUCCCCUCAGUAUUGUCAGUAUUAUAUAUAUAUAUAUAUAUAUAUAUAUAUAUUUCUUUCUUUUUUUUUUUUUUUUGAAACAUUAACUAUGAAUUAGCACUAACACAAAGGUUCUACCCAAAAACCAGCAUAUCGUGGGACCCUGUUAUAAAAUGAUGGUUUACACCAGUGGUCACAAUUGUGCAGUUAUAUUCAAUAAUUACUGUCGGACCAUGACUAAUUCGCCAGUGUAUAAGCCUAAGGAUUGAAAGGCCCAACCUCACCUUCGAGAUACCUCCACGAGAUACCCAUUGCAAACAAGGGGGAAAUGUAAGUCAUCCCUCCCCUCUGAAGGUGUCUAGUUGGGUAUGUUGACUUUUCCUUGGGUUUGUGCACUUGAAAGCUGAAAUCGUAUGUUUGGAGAUUGCGCUGUUUCCUGCAGUUAAGCUAGGAUGCUAGUUCAUCGCCACUGCGGUGAGGCAUCGCUGACCAAACAACACCACCAUGAACCUGAAUAUAAGAGCUUAAGUUUAUGUCCAUCCAGCUGAAUACAGGAUUUCACUGUUAACUAUGUGACCAUUUUCCAAUGUAUUUUACAAGUUAAACCAAUGCGUUAUUCAUCGUGGAAAUUGCCUUAUUUGCAAAAGUAGUAUUGUUUUGGUACGUGACUGACUGGUGUGUAACUUUGAUAUAUCCUCUUGAAGUCUUGGAUGUGUUUUUCUUUUUAUGAUCUACCAGCCAUAACAGUGACACCAUCAGAAUGUGCAGUGUAUGUUCAACUAAAGGACCUAUGAUGUGUGCAGUGUGCAUGUUUAUCUGUUACGUGAAGAUAGAAGUCUUGUGCUUCUUGUGUGGUUCAGAAGACGUUAAGGUCAUUUGGGGUUUGGCUGUUUUUUUUAAAGCAAGUAUUUCUUUUCACUAGAUAAACAGAUUCUGCGCGUGAGUCAGGGUUGCUGAUAUUAAACACACCAGCAGACGAGGUCAUUUCUUUUUAAAGUCUCAUUUCUGGCUGCGUAACAGUCAUUCUAUCUAGCUCCUCCUGAAACAGCCAAAUAACUUUAGUCGAUGUACCUUUCUUUCCAACAACAACUCUAUUAUCAUUUCCUCUCUCUGAUUGCUCACCUCAUUGUAAGAAUUCCAGCUUUGAAAAGAGCAGCCGCUUCAGAAACCCAGUGUAAUGGAAUUGAGAGUUAAAUAACUGCUCUGCUGGAAAGAACACGUGGUUAGCUGUUAGAGCUUGUCUACAUCUGAGAGUGAUUAUGGACAUGCUGUUUGAAGGGGCUGUGAAUAAAAAAGUAGAGUCUGGUCUGAGCCACGUCGGUCUAUAAUGCCAAAUAUCUUAAUGAAUUAAUGAGCACAUCAGAGUUAACAUUCAUGUUUAAAAUGGCUGUUAAUAUGUUACGCAACUUAUGAACGAUUCAUAACACCACAUUUAUCAUGCAUAUCUAUGUAGGUUUGGUACUUUGCUUGAGCGCUUGGUGAAACUUUUGGACAUAUCCAGUGCUAAUAUCUAUUGAGCAGCUCAAAUUGAGCGCCAUAUUUGCCACAGUGUCAUAUUUUUCGUUUAGGUAAACAUGUUUGCCAAAAGCCAAGGGCAGAGUGAUAUGAUCGAUGUUUGUAUGAUCAGGUUUUAUUUGUUCAAGAAGUCAAUAAUCUCUGUACUUACGUUUCUUUUCAAUGCAUGUGUUAUGUCCUGUCAUAUUUUAUACAGUGUUUUGAUAUGCUUUUUUAAAUUGUAGUUUUGUUUACUAUUGACAACGUUUAUAUACUUGUUUAUACAUUUUGUAGAUUUUUAUUACAUAGUAAAAUGGUUGAUAUGGAUCUUGAUGUUUCAUGUGUGCUGAUUUAUGUGGGCGAAAAUGUAAGUAUAUUUCUUGUUCACAUCUGCAGUCCAGGACAUUAAAUCACUGUUUGUCUCACUGACAUAGAGCUUUUUCCAUUUAAAUUUCUCAACUGAGGUUUUUCUAAAUUCAAUAACCAAUAGUUAUAAU